UGUCAGCAUCCGACUUGCGGCUUUGCCUUGUGCAACGCGGAUAAUGAGUUCAGACAAUGAAAGCUGGGAGAAAUCACAGCCCGAUCUGCCGGGAUCCCCAGCUCCCCCACCCCCAAGGUGAGCGGGGCUGUGCAGGGGAGCCGGGCUGCCUCUCCCUCCCGUUCCCGCUGCUUUCCCUUCCCAAAGCUGGCACCGGGGCGCGCAGAGCGAGUCGGUGACACUCGUUAGUGCGCGGAGCUCGUUAGGGCUCCUGGACCCGCCGUGGCUGCUCGGUGUGCUGCCGUGCACCGGCUCGCGGGGAGAGGAGUGGGCUCGGGCUGCACAAUUUGGGGACUGACCCGUUAAGUGGUCCCUGCCUCGAUACCGACCCUUAAUUCAACCUCCUGAGGAGCACGGCACCCAUGGGGGCACGGCGCGCAGCCGAGGAGCGCGGGUUCCUGCGCGUGCCCGUGGAAACUACGAGCAGCUAACGCUCACUGCCCGAGCCCCCAGAUGGGACUAGACCCAAGCUCCUGCGCUCCGUAUGGGGAUGAAGGCAGAACCAUGUUACCUGCUACCUAAGGCCUCUGCUGCUGCGCCGGUAGCUUGUGGAUAUGGUCCUGCACCAGGCUUCACACACAGACUCUCAGCUCUGAGCCAGCCCCAGAGGUUUUAGUGGCAGCAGAGCCCCCCGGGCACGGGACGGACUCCGAUCACCCUGCGAUACAGGGCUGCAGCGCUGGAGAGUUACUAUGCAGCUUGGACUGCUUGUGGUGGUGGUUUUUCUGAGCUCGAUGGAUCUAACAGGCAGCAGCAAAGUGGUGAAGGGCAAGAGGCAAAGACGAAUUAGCACCGAGCUGAGUCAGGGCUGUGCCAGGGGCUGUGACCUGUGCUCCGAGUUCAACGGGUGCCUGAGAUGUUCCCCCAAGCUCUUCAUCCUUCUGGAGAGGAAUGAUAUCCGGCAAAUUGGGAUCUGCCUACCAUCCUGUCCACUGGGAUACUUUGGCCUUCGCAAUACAGACAUGAACAAGUGCAUCAAAUGCAAAAUUGAGAACUGUGAGUCCUGUUUCAGCCGAAACUUUUGCACAAAAUGUAAGGAAGGUUUGUAUUUGCACAAAGGGAGAUGUUACGUCACAUGCCCUGAAGGCUACUCUGCUGCCAACGGCACCAUGGAGUGCAGCAGUCCUGCACAAUGUGAAAUGAGCGAGUGGGGGCCCUGGGGGCCCUGCUCCAAGAAGAGGAAGCUGUGCGGCUUCAAGAAGGGUAACGAGGAUCGAACGCGGCGGAUCCUGCAGGCUCCCUCCGGAGACGUGUCCCUGUGCCCCGCCACCACGGAGGUGCGGAGGUGCACCGUGCAGAAGAGCCAGUGCCCCGAAGGGAAAAGGAAGAAAAAAGAAGAGCAAGGAAAGCAAGAUAAUACCAAUGGGAACAGAAAUCGGAAAGACACCAAAGAUGCUAAGUCUGGCACCAAGAAGAGGAAGAGCAAACAGAGAGGGGCUGUGGUCCCCGCCACAUCUGCCAGCCCUACCCAAUAGCUGCCCCUUUCCGUCACCUGAUGGCAAGACUUCAUUGCUGCUAUGUAUAUGAAAGCUUUAUUGAACCAGAGCACUGCUACACAACAUUACACAUGUUCCGAAAGACAGACAUAUACUCCUAGACUAGACCCGACAGAAGCCACAUACACGAUACUUAAGGAGGCUGCACCCCCAGGACGCGGACGGCACCCCUCCGGGGCGAGGAGCGCGAGUGCUCGCGGAGGGACGUGGCAGUGGGACGCUGCGGGGACGAGAGGUGAGGAUGAACCAGAGCAAAGGACAAGGGCACGGGACCUUAUGACACAGUGCCUCCACGCCGAGCCAGCCGCCUGGCCCCGGCACAGCACGGUGGCAGCCUGGCGGACAGGGCUGGGACUGAAUUUCUGCUCUUCCAGACCAGGGAACUGGACUCACGCAAAGGCAGUGGCCUCUUUCUCUUCCCCCUCCCCUUUAUUUUGUGUUUUAAGCUGUAUGACUUUAUCAUUGAGAAUAAUACAUGUUAAACGUUUGUGGUAAGAGGUCAGUGGUAUCUGCCCUGAAUCUGCUUCAAAGAGUUAUUUCAAAUUAAAAAAGAAAAAAAGAAAAAAAAAAAAAAAAAAAAGA